GGUUCAGCUGACAGGUAUAAUAUGUUGCGUUUCUCCGCUUUUUCGCAAAGUCCUCCCAGAAGCUUGAACAUGUUUAAUCUUCAAAAAUACGAUUCGUUGUGAAGAUCAGAAAAAUGUUUCGCAAAGAUCGUAAAUCUGUUAUAUAACCUAAUAUGCUUAGCUGGAUUCGCCAUUCGUGGCGAUAAUAGUAGCUCUUCUGCUGUGGGUGAUGAAACGACUCUUAUUUGCUUCUGAUCUGCGAACAACUCUACGAGAACAGGUUGUUUGUUAACCUCCGUUUCGGCAACGUUUCAAUCUGCUAGUAGUUUUCCGAGUCUUGAAAAUGUCCAAGAUCACUCAAAGGUCAAAUUCGGGAGAUAUCUCCGGUUUGGAAGAUAUCGAGCCGCCUUUUGGAGUUUUUCUUUCUGGAAAAUACAAAAAGAGUUUUGCAUUUGCAACAAUCAAGGACCGUUUGCCAGUUACAUUGACUCGAGUAGUAGAUACGCUAAGUCGAAAUAAAGAAGAAAUCUUAAAAUUGUAUGGCACGCAAGGUGUUGAGGAAGCCAAACAAAUUGUAGGAGCUAUUAGCAAACUGAAAAAUGAACUAGUAACAAACAAAGCAUUACUUCCUCUAAGUCCUGUGCCAGGUAAAGUCGAUGAUGAUGCAGCAGUGUGGAAUGAAAAAAUUGAGAAGUUGACUAAAGAGCAGGGUGAAACUCAAGCCUGGUUUAAUUCAAUAUGGCUUAUAAGUGAAUGCUACAUGUACCGUAGGAUAGCACAAGAAUUUGCUCUAACAAAUACUUUGAAAACUUACGACCCUUUCGAAAGUCAAAAGAAGGAAGGUUACUUCAAAGCUGUUGGGAGUAUAGAUCAUUUAGCUAAACAUAUAAUGAAUUUAAUUACUACAAACCUCAGCACAAAAGAGCAAGAAAAUAAUCUCAUUGAUUUGAUUAAACUAGAUCUGUGGGGCAAUAGAUGUGAUCUAUCGUUAACUUCAGGAAUUGUGGAUUCGCAAGAACAUAAUCCAUUACACUUUAUAGAAUCACUGGAUAAAGAAAUUUUGGUUGAUAAUAGUAAAGAUGUUGCCAAACUUCUUAGUCAAAAUGUUCAGUGUGAAAAUAACAAUUUAAUCAUUGACAUUGUACUCGACAAUGCUGGUUAUGAGUUAUUCACUGAUUUAUGUUUGGCAGCUUUUCUGACAGAGAAAAAGUAUAUCAACAAAAUAAGAUUUUAUGUAAAACGAUAUCCAUGGUUCAUCAGUGAUGUUACAACAAAUGAUUUUCAUUGGGUCAUUGAAACAAUGACCAAAGCAGACAAUGAAAAUAUCAAAUCAUUUGGAAAAUUUUGUGAUCAAUGUGUAAAAAAGGGCAUAUGGACUAUUGAGGAAGAAUCUUUUUGGACAGAACCAUUUGAUUAUUCUGAAAUGAAUAAUGCAAAUCCAUCGUUAUAUAAGAAGUUAUCUGAAGCUAUCCUAGUCAUUUUUAAAGGUGAUCUUAACUAUCGUAAGCUUUUGGGUGAUAUUAAUUGGAAAUACACAACUGACUUCUUACAAGCACUCCGAGGAUUCAGACCAACCAAUUUACUAAGCUUGAGGACACUGAAAGCUGAUUUAUGCGUUGGCUUACCUGUUGGAAAAGCAGAAGAGUUAAAAAAAGAAGAUCUUAAUUGGAUGAAUACUGGUAGAUUUGGACUGAUUCAGGCUUCCAUUAAAUAAAUUAUAUCACAAAACUCAAACUUUCAAUUCUACGUCUUAAAAAUUUCGAUAUGAUUGUUACUAUUUUCCUAAGGUUUUCAUAAGUUGUUUGUAUUACAAGAAAAUUUGUAUUAUAUCAAGCGUGCAUUGAGUCUGAAUAAUGAUCUGCAAAAUAAUGCUAAAGAAAUAUUCAUGUACAUACAGUUAACUAUUAUUAUCAAGUGCCAUUGUGUGGACCAGUAAGGACUUUAAUCUUUUAAAUUAUUAUUGUAACAUCUGUACCUGCCAUUUGAUUGUAAAAUAUUUUCUAUCAAAAUAAUAUACAUAAAAAACAAACUUAGAUGAUAUCUACCGAAAGUUGAAAAA